CCUCCUGUUAUUACACGUCCACCAUGUCGUUUAACGCCUCGAGUGCCUACAUCUCCGACGCCUGGUCCGGGUACCUCGCCCAAGCACAGGAUGCCCCGCGUUCUCGCUGGCUGCUCCUCGCGCUCAUCAACUCCCCCCUUCUUGCUAUAUUCUUCAAUGUAUUAUGGCAGAAAAUUAUUCCCAAGAAGGCUUCGGAUCCGCCUCUCGUCUUCCACUGGUUUCCUAUCAUCGGAUCCGCUAUUUGGUAUGGAAACGACCCCGUAGGGUUCUUCCAGAGCUGCCAACAGACGGUGCGUCGAACGUGCCCCGCAGAAUGCGUUGCUCUCAUCCUACUAUCUUCCAGUACGGAAAUGUCUUCACUUUCAUUCUUCUUGGUCGCAAGGUGACGGUCGCGUUGUCUGCCAAGGGUAGCAACUUUGUGCUGGGAGGAAAGUCAAUUGCUUUCAAUGCUGAGGAGGCUUACAAGCAUCUGACCGUGCCCGUCUUCGGCAAAGAUGUCGUCUACGACAUUCCCAACGAACGAUUCAUGCAACAGAAGAAGUUCGUCAAGUUCGGUCUGACCACCGAAAACUUCAGGGCAUACGCUGGAAUGAUUGAAGAGGAGGUGGAGAACUUCCUCAACAAGGAUGCUGUAUUCAGCGCCUUCCAACUGAACGAUAUCAACGAGUGGGGCCAAUUCGACGCGAUCAAAGCCAUGGCCGAAAUCACCAUCCUCACCGCUGCACGGACUCUCCAAGGCCCAGAAGUUCGUGCGGGAUUAGACAAGUCUUUCGCUCAGCUUUACACGGACCUCGACGGCGGAUUCCAGCCCAUCAACUUCCUCUUCCCCAACCUGCCUCUUGAGAGUUAUCGCAAACGUGAUCGCGCGCACAAGAAGAUGAGCGAGUUCUACAUUGACAUCAUCAAGAAACGCAGAGAACAUCCGGAGGAGGCCGAGAGUUACGACAUGAUCUCCUCCUUGCUGGACCAGACCUAUCGCAACGGGGACCGAAUUCGGGAUCACGAGCUCGCGCACAUCAUGAUCGCUUUGCUUAUGGCUGGCCAGCAUACGAGUUCCGCAACGCUUUCCUGGACCAUGCUACACCUUGCAUCCGAGCCAGAGACUGCGAACGCUCUCUAUGAGGAGCAAGUCGCCAACUUUGGUAACGGCGAUGGAACGUUCCGUACCAUGACGUUUGAGGGUCUCCGCAAACUGCCUAUAUUGGACUCUUGCAUUCGUGAGACUCUUCGCAUGCACCCCCCGAUCCACAGCAUCAUGCGUCAAGUGCGUGAGGAUGUACCCGUUCCCCCUACUCUGGCCGCCCCAUCGAAAGACGGUGUCUAUGUUGUGCCCAAGGACACAUACGUUCUUGCGUCCCCCCUUGUUGCCCAAAUCGACCCUGCCAUCUGGAAAGAAUCGGACAAGUGGCUGCCCUCUCGGUGGUCUGAUGAGCACGGCGUUGCGAUGGAAGCGCUCAAGACCUACACUGACGAAAGUGGAGAGAAGAUCGACUUCGGGUUCGGUGCUGUGAGCAAGGGAACGGACAGUCCCUACCAACCAUUCGGAGCCGGAAAGCACAGGUGUAUCGGCGAGCAGUUUGCUUACCUGCAGAUUGGCACGGUGUUGGCUACUUUGAUUCGCCACCUUGAGCUUCGUUUGCCCAACCCGGUCCCAGGUCCUAAUUACCAUACCUUGAUACUCAUGCCAAAAGAUCCGAAGUCCAUCCACUAUCGUCGGCGGCAACUGGCAUAAAUUGGGUAUCGUUAUUUAGACAAUAUAUGAGGUGUAUCUGGAGUUCAGUGUCAUACAGCCCAGCAGGUAUCUGUAGCACGCGUAAUAAUGUCUAGGCAUGAAAAAGACAUAGCUGAGAAACUUCAUCUCGCUCGGACCAGCCCCUAAUAUGUAA